AUGAAGCCUAUCAUUUUUCUAUCAGUGUUGUUCAUCCUAGCGUCGGCCAUAUUGAGCGAAUCGAUCGACCCCGUUUCUAAGGAAGCCAUACCAAAAUUUGUCGAAAAUAUUACGAUUGCCGAUACUCAAGAUCUGAGACAUGAAGAAGAGCACACGCGGUUGCAAGCACGGCUCGAUCGUGGAAGCCAAGUGUGGGAUGGAAACCAUCCACGACAACGGCUUUUAACUGCAUUGUACGGAUUCCGCCAAUACAAAGAGCGACACCUCGAAGAAAUCCAGCGAUGGCGCUCUCUUUACAAAAAGGUUUCAAAAAGCCAGCAAAAGACAAUUGAAUCAGCUAUCAAGUACAACCAUAAAUUGAACACAGUUGAGCAUCUAAUAGAUAUAAAUGAUAAGCUUGCGCAAGAAAUUGUGCAGACAGGUUUGCAUUUCUAUGACAUACCGCAGUCUGAGCUGGAUAAAUUCAGUGCGGAUCAAAUCCGCGAAGGGAAGAAAGCUGAUCGAACGAGCGUUGCACAAGCAAUGAAGCAUUUCGUGCGUGACUGGGCCGAGGAAGGACAAAAUGAACGUAAAGAAUCAUUCACUUGUCUUCUAGGCCAGUUGGAUAGUAUGGAUAGAGAAAUCAAUGCGCCGCUAAAAGUUUUAGUUCCAGGUGGUGGUAUUGGACGAUUGGCACAUGAGAUUGCUCGGCUGGAUGGCUUUGAGGUGACAAUGAAUGAAUGGUCUAUGUACAUGAAUUUGGUCUAUCGACAGAUCAUGCGGCAGCCAAUCAUCUCAAAUGCUCAAUCCUAUCACCCCUGGCUUGAUUGGUGGUCUCAUCAUGCCACAACAUCCGAUAUGCAGCGAUCUGUUUCAUUUCCCGACUCCCCUAUCAAUAAACCAGCAGUAUUAUUGGUUGAGGGCGAUUUCACAACGGUGUUCAAUGGCGAAGAAGGAAAAUAUGACGUUCUUGUAACGCUCUUUUUCAUUGACACUGCGCGAAAUAUUUUGACCUAUCUCGAGACAAUUCACCGGCUGUUGCAACCUGGGGGAGCAUGGCUCAACCUGGGACCUCUACUUUACGGAACGGCACCCUUUCUACAGUUAUCCCUUGAUGAAAUUAUAUCGUUAGCGGAGGCAGUGGGUUUCAGAAUCGAAGACCCAGGUGAUGUGUGCGGCGAUGUUUCUUUGGACGGAUUGCCUAUUCGUGCCAAGGAGAUAUCGUAUGGAAGAAAUGUGCGAGGGUUGAAUAGAAAUGGGUUCUUGGCGCAGAGCUGGAGAGCCAUCAAAUUAUGA